ACAGGUGACUUCCGUUAGGAGACAGUCGGUAGUGAAGGAGAGGAGGAGACGAGCUCGGGGGUAGGAAAGAAACGGAAUGCAGCCACAGUCGGGGCUCUUUCUAUCUCCCCACCAGUGUUUGACAUUUCAUCAACACACUGCUACCGUUAUUCAUUUGUUCCCCAAAGGAAAGCAUCUGUUUGUGGACUAUCCUUCAGGGAGUGAAUAAGAAGACAGAAACAUGAGUGUGGAGGCGUACGGGCCGAGCUCCCAGACUCUCACGUUCCUCGACACGGAGGAGACCGAGCUGCUGGGAGCGGACACCCAGGGCUCCGAGUACGACUUCACCGACUUCACGUUACCGAGCCAGACCCAGACCCAAGGCCAGACCCAGAGCCAGCUGGACGGGCAGGUGAAUGGCCCUGACGGCCUGCUGCAGAAUGGAGAUGACCCUGUGGUUAAAGCCAGUCAGCUGCUGGCAGAGUUAAACUUUGAGGAAGAUGAAGAGGAAACCUACUACACCAAGGAUCUACCUAUACACGCCUGCAGUUACUGUGGGAUCCAUGAUCCAGCCUGUGUGGUUUACUGCAACACCAGCAAGAAGUGGUUUUGUAACGGCCGUGGAAACACAUCCGGCAGCCACAUUGUGAACCACCUGGUAAGAGCGAAGUCCAAGGAGGUGACCCUGCAUAAAGACGGUCCUCUGGGGGAAACUGUACUUGAGUGCUACAACUGCGGCUGUCGCAAUGUCUUCCUCCUGGGCUUCAUUCCUGCUAAAGCUGAUUCAGUAGUUGUGUUACUCUGCAGGCAGCCAUGUGCCAGCCAAAGCAGCCUGAAGGACAUCAACUGGGACAGCUCACAGUGGCAGCCACUUAUCCAGGACCGCUGCUUCCUGUCCUGGCUUGUCAAAAUCCCGUCAGAGCAGGAGCAGCUCCGUGCCCGUCAGAUCACCGCCCAGCAGAUCAACAAGCUGGAGGAGCUCUGGAAGGAGAAUCCCACUGCCACCCUGGAGGACCUGGAGAAGCCUGGUGUGGACGAGGAGCCCCAACAUGUGCUGCUUCGCUACGAAGAUGCUUACCAGUACCAAAACAUUUUUGGUCCUCUGGUGAAGCUGGAGGCUGACUAUGAUAAGAAACUGAAAGAGUCUCAGACUCAAGACAACAUCACAGUCAGAUGGGACUUGGGCCUGAAUAAAAAGAGGAUCGCUUAUUUCACUCUUCCCAAGACAGACUCAGACAUGCGACUAAUGCAGGGAGAUGAAAUUUGUCUGAGGUACAAAGGAGACCUGGCCCCUCCAUGGAAAGGCAUCGGACAUGUCAUCAAAGUCCCUGAUAACUAUGGUGAUGAGAUUGCCAUAGAGCUGAGGAGCAGUGCUGGGGCUCCAGUGGAGAUUCCACACAACUUCCAGGUGGACUUUGUGUGGAAAUCUACCUCCUUUGACAGAAUGCAGAGCGCCCUGAAGACGUUUGCUGUGGAUGAGACUUCAGUGUCUGGUUACAUCUACCACAAACUGCUGGGUCAUGAGGUGGAAGAUGUGGUGAUCAAGUGCCAGUUGCCCAAACGCUUCACUGCUCAGGGCCUGCCUGACCUUAACCACUCACAGGUGUAUGCUGUGAAAACAGUGCUGCAGCGUCCCCUCAGUCUGAUCCAGGGUCCUCCUGGCACAGGAAAGACUGUCACUUCUGCCACCAUCGUCUACCACCUGGCUAGACAGGGCAAUGGGCCUGUGCUUGUUUGUGCUCCCAGUAACAUUGCUGUCGACCAGCUGACAGAAAAGAUCCACCAGACCGGACUAAAGGUGGUGCGCUUGUGUGCAAAGAGCAGGGAAGCCAUCGACUCGCCCGUGUCCUUCCUGGCUCUGCACAACCAGACCCGUAACAUGGACAGCAUGCCUGAACUUCAAAAGCUCCAGCAGCUGAAGGACGAGACUGGAGAGCUGUCCUCCUCUGAUGAGAAGCGCUAUAGAGCUUUGAGACGCACUGCUGAGAGGGAGCUGCUAAUGAACGCUGAUGUGAUCUGCUGUACCUGUGUCGGUGCUGGCGAUCCUCGUCUGGCUAAGAUGCAGUUCCGCUCGAUCCUGAUUGAUGAGAGCACCCAGGCCACUGAACCAGAGUGCAUGGUGCCUGUUGUCCUGGGAGCCAAACAGUUGAUUCUGGUGGGUGAUCACUGCCAGCUGGGCCCUGUAGUGAUGUGUAAGAAAGCAGCUAAAGCCGGUCUGUCUCAGUCUCUGUUUGAGCGACUGGUGGUUUUGGGGAUCCGUCCGAUCCGUCUGCAGGUGCAGUACCGCAUGCACCCAGCCCUCAGCGCCUUCCCCUCGAACAUCUUCUAUGAGGGCUCUCUGCAAAACGGAGUCACUGCUGCUGACCGUGUGAAGAAAGGCUUUGACUUCCAGUGGCCACAGCCUGACAAGCCGAUGUUCUUUUAUGUCACUCAGGGCCAAGAGGAAAUCGCCAGCUCUGGAACAUCCUAUCUUAACAGGACUGAGGCAGCCAAUGUGGAGAAAAUAACCACCAGGCUGCUGAAGGCGGGAGCAAAACCAGACCAGAUUGGCAUCAUUACGCCCUACGAGGGACAGAGGUCCUACCUGGUCCAGUACAUGCAGUUCAGCGGCUCCCUCCACACCAAGCUGUACCAGGAGGUGGAAAUAGCAAGUGUGGAUGCCUUUCAAGGCAGAGAGAAGGACUUCAUCAUCCUGUCCUGUGUGAGAGCUAAUGAGCAUCAGGGCAUUGGCUUCCUCAACGAUCCUAGACGUCUCAAUGUGGCACUCACCAGGGCCAGGUAUGGUGUGAUCAUCGUGGGAAACCCAAAGGCCCUGUCCAAGCAGCCUCUGUGGAACCACCUGUUGAACUACUACAAGGAGCAGAAGGUCCUAGUGGAAGGGCCCCUCAACAACCUGAGAGAGAGCCUCAUGCAAUUUAGCAAACCUCGCAAACUGGUUAACACCAUCAACCCGGGGGGUCGAUUCAUGAGCACAGCCAUGUAUGAUGCCAGAGAGGCCCUCAUUCCUGGAUCUGUUUACGACCGCAGCAGCAAUGGACGGACGUCCAACAUGUAUUUCCAGACCCAUGACCAGAUUGGCAUGAUUGGCACAGGACCCAGUCCCAUGUCAUCCAUGAACAUUCCCAUCCCCUUCAAUCUGGUGAUGCCCCCCAUACCUCCACCCGGGUACAUGGGACAGGUCAAUGGACCCACAGGAGGCCGAGGUGGAGGAAUGAAAGGCAAGGCAGGUGGUGGAGGGAGUGGUGGGGCUCGAGGUGGUCGCCAAAGAAACCGGGGCAGCAUGGGGAACCAUGGAGGAGGAGAACGUGGAGGCCACAUGAGUGGCAGCCAGGCCAGCCAGGACCUAGGCUCCCAACCGUUCUCCCAGGGGCCUCUGACGCAGGGCUACAUCAACAUGAGCCAGCCGUCCCAGAUGAGCCAGCCGGGGCUCUCCCAGCCUGAACUUUCACAGGACAGUUACCUUGGAGACGAGUUCAAGUCCCAGAUUGAUGUGGCUCUGUCCCAGGACUCCACCUACCAGGGGGAGCGGGCCUACCAACACGGUGGUCUGACUGGACUGUCCCAGUACUAGACUGCUGCUUGAAAGGAGCUAGGCCUGUGUGAAGCUUAGUUCAUUGGUAUUUUAAUCUGGGUAAUAACAAAAAAGAACAAACAAGGAUACCCGUUUUCCACUGCUACAACCGAAGCACCACUGUGUGAACGUAACAGGAGAGAGACCGUGAGAAACCAACCAAUCACAAGAGUGAGGGCAAAAAAAAGGGAGUAGAGCUGGACAGGAAGCAAGCAAGCAAGAGGCGAGAGAACGGGAGGCACUGCUGCUCACACGCGAAGACGUGGCGAAGGAGAAAAGCUGUCGUUGUCGGAGCAGCACAGUCUGAGAGGCGAGACCUCGGACAGGCCGAGGAGGGUGGAAGGUCCAAAGGAUUCUGGAGAGGGGGUGACUGUGUCAUCUUGUCCCUCAUAUGUCCCUGAACCUUCAGGGACCUCCAGACCGGUGUGGUUGGAAAAUCUUGCUCCAAAAGCUGAGAAAGAUGGAGAAGAGGUGUCUCACACAACAAUGUCCUCCAAGCUAACUCAACAGGAUGUCUUGUGUGACUUGGAGAGAGAGAGAGGGAAAACAAAAGGGGACUCAACUCUAGAAGCAGUUGAUAGGGCAACUUUUUUGAACUCAAAGCUUGAAUUGAGGCUCUGCUUUUCUUCACAUGUAAGCAUUCAGGAGAGAAGAGUGUGAAGACACUGGCUACUCAAGUGAACUCUAAAGUGCUUGUGUUGUUGUGCCUCAAAGGCUUCAAAUGAAAUUUGAGGAUUAACUUAGCCACAGAUCAUUCGCUUUUCUUUCACGGCUUGGAGUCGGAGAGUUUUCUAAAUAAAAAGCUGUUUUCAUUGAGGUUCUCAGUGAUGUAAGCAAGUGUAGUCUGACGGCUUUCUCAAGGCAGUCUGCAGAGAACAAGCGGAGGACUUAGCUCUUUAAAAACACAAAGAAAAAGAUAUCUGUCUCCAGAUCUGAGGAGGGUAGGAGACUCUAAUAAUCUAAACAUAGAGAGAUGAUUUUGCUUUUGUUCUUAUUAUUGUAUUUUUCUUGUGAACGUAAACACCUUAACAAGCUUGCAUUGAAUGAAGCAAUCAUUGUUUUGACUCAUGAGCCACUAAAGAAAGGAGACGGAUCACCAUGAGCAUUGAUCGCUAAAUGCAUUAAAAAAAUCAAAUCAAGGGGGCAGUAAGUCCCAAAGACUGUUUCCCUCAGAGAUGACAGAAACACAUUUAUUGAAAUGAUACGAGUACAGACUCCUAAAGUAAAAAAAUCACCUUUGAGAUAGAAAUAGUGAAGUAGGUUUUCAAACCUACACAGCUCCUUACUACAGAGGACGAUGAUCUAAAAUGUCUUCAUGUUAGACUGAUUAAAUAUUUAUUGCUAUUUUGGAAAGCCCUCUUUUUGCAAAUAAAAGAUGUUAUAUGUUAAAUGUGCACUUUAAAAUUACACAUAAUGACAAAUUUAAAUUAGGAAGACAUGAUGACCCAUGGGAAUAGUUUAUGUAGACUGGACUUGAUUGAAGAACAUCAUUUCUUUGUCUUCCCCGUGGUGUUUAUUUUUGUCCUAAAUGUAUAUAAAAAAAUAAACUGUCCUAGUUAGUUGUGCAUUAAGUCAAAUUAAGAACAGUAAGUUUUAUUAGAAGUCUGUUAGACAUUGUGUCUUAGUUCCAGUGCUCUGUUUGUUGUUAAUUCUCUCAUUUUCUAGCUUCCUUCAACAACUUUUAUUUUCAUGUCAACGAAACACACAACACUGUAAAAACAGGACAACGGUCAAAAUGGUAUUAUCAUCGAUGACCUGCAUGAAGCUGCAUUGAAAAUGUUGAAUUUCCUGUCAUACAUGCUUGUUAAAAUAAAUGGUGUUCUAAAAAUGUAUGAUGUUAUUUUAGCGACAUCAAGUUAGCACGAUUAUACAUUAAAAAACAUUUUUUUCCAACUUCAGGGCUAAAGGUGGAGUUUAUUACAUGCAUCAAAUUAACUGUGUGCCCCUUUAUGUAUGAAUUAUCUGUAGGUUGCUCAGUAGUCAUCUGUUACGCUGGAUGCACUCAGUUUUUGACAUAUUUAGAGUCAAGAGAAAAGAAGGCGACUCACGUCCCUCAUCCGUUACUCACCAUUACACCUGUUUUGAUUUUGCACGUCCAGUGACUAGAAGGUUAGCUCUUGUGUUCUUGUGAUAAACCUUUGCUGUAAUGAUUUUCUUGUUUGGUUUGUUGCUGUGUGAACAGCCUGAAAAUGAAGCCACUCAGCUGAAGCAUUUUUUUUUUCUGCACACUGAUUGAUGUAAGUUUUCUCACAAAAAUAUUCUCCUGUUGAUCUUCUUGGAAAAUAAAGGUUUGCUUCUUUUUGCUCCUUCA